UAGUUCGAAGGUCAAAAAGUUGUACAAGCAAAACAAACGACAUGCUCUUCUCAUCUUCUGUCACGUAGAGUGAAACACCAUGUAAUUUAACAAAAUGACAGGUGAAAAGAUAACAAUUUUCGUAAAAACUGAUCUCAGGCGAUAUGAAAAUGAGAUUAAUAGGACGGCUGCAAAACUCGAUGCCGAUGGAUCUCAAAAUCGAAGUGGAAAGAAAUUACCAAGCUAAGGAACUUGUUUUGUAUACCGAAAAUUGUCAAUAUCCGCUUUUGAAGAAAAGAAAGGGAAAUUAUAUAUUGUUAGCCUUAUUCUUCGGUGCUUCAGCAAUUUUGUUUUGUUGUUUCAUCAUUAUUUGGAUUGGACAUUUGGAGGAAUUGCAGGUGUUUCACUCUAGUGGCCAUCGAACAAUUAGAUCAUUAGAACAUAAAUCUGAGAAGGGUCAGUUGACCGAAGUGAACAGGUCUUUUCUAGAUGACCUCCAGUACGACUUUUGUCACUCGCCAGAAGAACCAAUACUAGGACUUGAAGGUUUCGUACCAACAGGAUUUAAACUACAACAAACUCACAUACUGAUCAUUCCAGGGGAGAUUACUCCAAAUAUAUCAGGAAAGAUAACUCUAAAUGCAACCAGGUCAACCCCUCUCUAUUGUGAACAGGCUGACUGCAGAUUUGGAGCAUUCAAUAGAUUGAAUCCCAAAUUAAAGGUUUUUCAGGAAAAGAUAAAUAGAGAUGAAAGAUUCCUCAAAGAAUUUGAGUCUUAUGUUACAAAUGACUUGGGCUGUCAUAAUGAGUUAUCUCCCAUUGGAAUCCAAAGAUUAGUUAGUCUGGGAGAAUUUGUGAAAGAUGUCUACUUGAAAGAUCUGAAACUAGAGAGUAGUUUGAUACAACCCAAACAUAUAAAGCUAUCCAGAAAUGAGGAAAGUAUAACAGCUAAAUCAUCUUUGGCAUUUCUUUUCGGCAUGUUGUCUGAAGGUCAUUUGAGAAAAUUCAAUACCUCAGUAGUCUCAAGAAAUUUGUGUUCGGAAAAACAUGGAAUGUCUCAUGUUGAUUGCAAUUGUCCAGGUUUAUACAGAACAGAACAAAAAUUCAAACAGCAACUCAUUCAUGGUCUGGAGAAGGGAGAUAAUUCACAUCUACCCUUGACAGUUUUACGUCAAAUAUUGUCAAAUUCUUGUCUUCAUCCAAAUUUUUCCUGCUUUGUUCAGAAUGGAUUAGAUGGUAUUGGAAUUAUAAAAGAACUGUUUAAGAAAGAAAAUGCAUUUUAUGAACAAUUAUCCAAUGAUGUUGAUUUUGUUGAUUUUGUUAAUGUUUAUUUAUAUCCAUUUAUGAACAAUCUAAUCCAAACUUUCCGUCACGCAGAUUACGUAUUUGAGAAAUUAUUUUUACAUUUUGUUGAUGAAAGUUUUAUGUUUUACAUGUUAAAUGUACUGAAACUUCCCAAGAUCAAUUGGCCAAGGCCUGGAUCAAGAAUUGUUUUUGAAUUAUACAAGAAAUCUGGUCAGGUAUUUCAGCCAUAUUAUGUCCGCAUUUUGUUCAAUGGUGCUAAUGUUUCAAAAUUUGUCCCCCUUUGUGACAUUCAUAGCGAGAGCGGUCUUUGUCGUUUGAAGAACUUUGCGGAAUUGUUACAUAUUAAAACAUCAACCAAGAAAAAUCUACAUAGUGCAUAUCAGAGCUACUGUUAAUUUUGCACUGGUUUGGGUAAAAGGAUUUUUAUAUUUAAUCCAAUCCAUUAUCAGUCAGACAAAAAAAAAAAUUGUCAUAAAAUAUUUCAAAAAGUUUUAAAAAAAUUGUUACAUGUUUACAAGUAGCAGAUGGUAAAUACAUUCAUGACAUUAUAAAAAUGAAUAAAUCUUUAAUAGUGUACAUGUAUAAAAUUUGUAAAUUGUUAAGCAAAACUAUUUUUUGCCACCUUGUUUCAUGAUUUGGGGAAAAAUGAAAGGGGAUGCGUACUGUACAUAAUCUUGUACUAUUCAGGACUGAAUACAGUAUUUUUUUGUAAGAAAAUUUAAGCAGCUUGGAAAAUUAAUGUUAACCAGGUGCUGAUAUUUUAUCCUCAGCAAGUGACAGUCAAUAAUCUGUACUUGUUUUAUACUUUUAUUUUAAUUGAUUUUAUUUAAAUGAUUUCAUUUUGUCACAAAAUGUUACCAUGUAUUGUUAAUGUUUAUAAAUUGUAUUAACUUUUGGAAGUCACAAAUUUUAGAUUGUACUUCUUGGUGCUUUGUGUGUAUUUGUAUGUAAAACUAUAUUAUUUCAUUGAACAUUAAUGUGAAUUUAUAAAAAAAAAAAACCUUAACCAUUGCAUACCAACUAUUGGGGAUUUCAUCAGGAAACAAAUUUUUAAUCCUGAACUAAUUGACAUUUUUGUUUAGUUACAAUGUUCAUGGAUAGCAGAAAAAAGUAAAUUACAAAAUAAGGUUCCUUUGAAGUUGCAAUUUUUUGUAUCCAACUACAAAAACUGAGAUCGAACAAAAGUAUUUGAUCAAACAGUAUUUUUUUCUGAAUAAAAAGUUGUUUUUUUUGUUUCAACCUGAUCUUGAUCUUAACCCUUGGUUAUUGUUAGAAAAGGCAAUAUACUAGUGAAUCCAAAAUCCACAUUGAUUUUUAUGUGCAGAAAUCCUUUGUCUUUUUAGACUGGGCAGCCAUCUUGUUGCGGUAGCAACAAUGCAUUGCUUAUUUCUAAUUCAAAGUAAGUAUUUUGUCAAAAUGUUAUGAAAAUUAAAAUAAACCUAAUUAUUUUUAGGCAAGGUGUUUGGUACAACCGUAACAAAUUAUGUUUCAUUCAUAUGCUCAAUUAUUUUAUUAUGACGAUUAGCUUUUAUACAUAUUACAGUUAUAGAAUAUCAGCUGUGAUACAGUUAUAGAAUAUCAGCUGUGAUACAGAAUGGGAAACGUUUUAGCAGAGAAGAUACUCAUAGUCAUAAAGCAUUUACACUUCUAGCAGCUCACAUUUUAUGAGAAAGAUCUGAUAUUUUUUUUAAUUGUACCUUUGUGUUCUUAAAGAUAAAAAAAUCACUUUGUUGAACAAUCUUACCCAUUGUGGACAUGUUAAGGCCAAAUAAAAUAACUAUGUGUUUCCUGUUACAUCCUUUAACAAAAAUAGGGUAGGUUGGUUGGGAAUUUUAAUUAUUUUUCAUGUUUUAUUACUUUGAAUCUAUCAUGUCUGUGAGAAGGAAAUUGUGCUUAUUGAAAAAUUACCAAAAAAAAGUUUAAGGUAGGCUGGACUCUAAUUCUCAGCUUAAAAUAUAGGAUAGUUAGGUAAAUAGGAAAUACACAAUAUAUUUUAUUAGUCCAAGUCAGCAUGUAAGUUCCAAUCACCUUUGUCAACAUCAGACAUACAUUCUAACAAAACCCCAUGGCCAGGUCAAAUUUAGAUUUUGAAUAUGAUAUUCAUAAAGAACAGUUUCAAUCUUGAAUAUUUUGUUCUUUGAUUUUAUUAGGAUUGUAUUUAUUAAGUUUGUUUAUUUGUCAUUGCUUGAUUGAAUUAUUUAGUAGAUGGAAAAUGUUGCUGUCAAGCUUAUGAUUUCUGAUUAAGUGAUCAGACAAGGUCUGUACUUGUUCAGAAUCAGCUGUUUUGUUUUCUAGUUUAAAUUUGUAAUGUAUUUUGGAGAGUUGGUUACCAGUUUCUGGUAUUUGCUCCAAAUAAAAUAGUAACUGUUGAUUCAUUAUUAUUUGUUGGAUACGACUUUUUUCGUGAAUUUCAUGGGUAUAGGUGAACAUCGAAAUUAAAUGACUUUUUUUUUCAAGGAAUGACCAUUUACCUGUACGCUUGUAUGCAAACUUUGGCAAAACUAUGAAAUUAAAUGUCCAAAAACAUGCAAGUUUUCCUUAAUCCAUGAAAUGAUACCCAAGAAAAUAAGCCAAUUCACAGUAUACCCACAUAAAGAGAGAACUUUCUCUGUCCAUGUGCACCAUAAGCAAAACUCCUAAAAGGCUUAACGGAUUUAGCUGAAACUUUAUAGUUUUAGAACACUCCCUUAUGAUGUGCUUAAGGACUAAGUAUGUGCUUAGCCUAGUUAAACUUUGUCAAUGGAAAUGAAAAUCUCUACUUAAUUUUCCAAACUGAUGAUAAGAAUUGUUCAAAUGUAUUUUGUUUGGCUUUUUGGUGCCAAAUGGGAUUAUUAUGAGUUACAAUUGUCAAAGGUUAACUUUCAUUUUUACAAAAAUGGACUAUAAUCUCAAUGACUUAGCUAGAUCUGUACUAUACAUAUAUGUUCAUGUAAACUGUUAUUGUUUAAUCAUAUUGCCAAUCAAGUUUUAUUUAUUAUUUAAUUUUUUGACAUAUUUUAACAGGUCACAAACAGUGAUUUGUACUUGUUAUGUGCCUGUGUAUAUACUAGUCUUAUAUAUAUUCUAUUAAUUUUCUGUUUUUGUGUGAUGACUUGUGUAUGAAUUCUAAAUUGCUUUAAAAAAAAAAAAUUUAGUUGAUAUGAGUGUAUUUUCAAGAUUUAGAUACAUGUAUGCCAUGAUCUUUCGUGUUCAGAAAAGGACAGAAUUUUACAUAGAAUGAAGAAUAGAUUGAAGUAAUGCUUUUAUCAAAUGUUUUUAAACAUGUACUGAUAUAAGAACAAAAUUUGUAUUUUUUUUUUUAAUGAUACAAAGUAUUUUAUAGGUUACAAGAGCGCAAGUAUUCAUAUUG